AUAAUGUGAACAUUCCUAUUUUACAACGCAAAUUAUUAGAGCUACAGGUUCCUACAUUAUUAAUACAUUUUAUCAUCAAUUUACUAUCCUGUAGAUACAUAUCAUUAUUCGUUCAGAAAGACGGUAAUACUACUGAGUUAAAGCGUACAGUUUUUAAAGGCCUUCCCCAAGGUUCAGUACUUAGCCCACUUUUAUAUAACAUUUAUACAUAUGAUUUAGAAUCAUCUUUAUAUUCCCACAUAAAUGUGCUACAAUAUGCAGAUGAUCUGCUUUUUUAUUCCGUAAAUAAAUCUAUAGAUAUCGCUUGCAAUUUCAUGUCUAAUUCACUUAAUAGUUUAAAUGUGUGGUUGGUUAAAAAUGACUUAAAUUUAUCCGUAUCCAAAAGUUCAAUAGUCGUAUUUUCUAAAAAACGUACAACUCCUAUCAUAAAUGUGACCUUCAAUGGUCAAUCUUUGCCAUAUAAAACAAAAAUUAAAUUUUUAGGAGUUAUAUUAGAUUCAAAAUUGUCUGGACUUGCCCAUUAUGAACAUAUUGAUAUGAAAUGUGCACAGCUACUUAAUAUCAUGAAAUGCCUCUCAGGUGUAUGGUGGGGUGCUCAUCCGUUUUCUAUGAAACUUGUGUAUAACGCUCUUCUCCGGAUAUAAGAUAUGAUAUAGGUGUCGGUAAACAAGAUAUUCUGGAGACAAAUAUUCGUUUCAUGAGUAGCGUUGAGGAACAAAAUUGGAGUGGAUGGGAUUAUAUUUUUACAGAUGCCUCUAAAAUCUCUAUUGAUGAUUGUGUUGGAGUCGGUCUAGUUCAUUGGCAACAUAAAAUAAUACAAAAGAUUAAACUUCCUCCUGAAUCCUCUGUUUUUACUGGAGAGUGUUUUGCUCUUUUAAAAGCUGUAGAACUAGUUAUUUUAUUAAAAUCUAAAAGAACAAUCAUAUUUUCCGACUCAAAAAGUGCACUACGAACUAUUGAAAAAUUUCCAUUCCAAAUGAAACCUUGUUAUCCUAUUAUAUGCGAAAUACGUGAUAAGCUUUUGAUAUGUUCUCAAAGAAAUCACACCAUUAUCUUUGCAUGGAUUCCAAGUCACUGUGGGAUUAAAGGGAACGAGAAAGCCGAUCAGCUUGCCAAAGAAGCUAUAAAGGAUGGAGACAUAGUCCCAUACAUUAAUUAUUGUCAUGAUUUGACUGCUCUUCCCAAAACCUAUCUUUGGGAGUCAUGGAAUGAUGUUUGGUUGAGAAGCAGCAAGUUCAAAGGCAAACUUUAUGCUGAAAUUCAACCCACGAUUUCCAGUAAACCAUGGUUCUUUAAAGCUAAAAGUUCUAAAAUUGUCACUUCUAUCAUUUCCAGAAUGCGUUUAGGACAUGUAUGUACACCUCAUCAUUUAGCAAGGCUUCGUAUUGUUGAUAGCAAUAUUUGUGAGUGUGGAGAAGAUAUUGGUGAUCUCGACCAUAUUUUCUUUUCUUGCUCCCAAUAUGACCGCACCUCCUUUAUGAAUUCCUUACAAUUACUACAGGUUCCGUUUCCGACUAAAAUCUCCUGCCUUUUGCUUUAUCCUUUAUUGUAUUAUAAUGUAUUAUCCUCUUUCAUAAUCAAUAAUAAUAUUAAGAUUUAAUAUAUUUAAUUUAUUUUUAUUAAUUAUUUUCCAUGUCUUGUUUUUAACUAGCUUAUCCUUUUGUUUCCUUUUGAUGACUUUGUCGCGUGUAGUUUCCCUACCUUUCACUUGAAACUGGCAUAAAGUUAAAACUAUUGCCAUAAAGGAAAAAAAAAAAAAAAAAAAAAACAGCUGUAGUUGAAUGUCAGCUGUCAUAAUCCAUACUAGUACUAGUUAGUAGCACGUUAGUAGCUAGGGCAAAUAUAAUAAGUGUAUAAUACUGUUUAAUCUAUGAGCUAGGGUACCUACCGUACCUACUUUCUGCACUGCAAGUCAAUUUCACCAUAAUUGCGGUAUCAAAUUGAAGAAGUACGACUUCUGUACAUAAAUAGUCGAAAGAAAUAAAAGACUGUAUCGGUCAAAAGUUUCACGCUAAAUUGAAAACCAAAUUGUAUUUCUCGUGUUUCGUGUAAAUAUUUAAUACCUAUGUUAGUGUUUCUCUUAAAUAACAAGUGCUUCCUAUAUUUGUUUCGGAACGAACCUAUUUACAUUCGUGGAACUGAAACCAAAACAAGUACCUACCUGGUACUAAACUUAAUCUGAGGGCACUUAGGCAAAUAGCACUUCUUUAAAGUACUUUUUCGUAAGUUUUGCUGAUCUUUGUGAAUUAGAAAAUAACAUUAAAACAUUAAUAAAUAAAAUGUCGCGAGAUAAAAGCGUGUGGUUUGCCGAAGAAAUAUUAUUAGAUGCUAAAUUGAUAAACUUUCAAUUGGAGUCAGGUGAAUGGGAUGCCGUUGAGGAGAUGCUCCGAGCGGAAGCCCAACUUUCACGGGACGUAGAGACUGGAAGGCUAAGACCUAAAAAAGCCUCAGAAUACACUUUAAGACUCAUCGCUGAAGUUCUACAUAUUAUGCAUUUGGAUGUAGAGCAAGCUACUCACAAUCGUAGCACAAUAGCGGUAGCUGAACAGUGCUUACGUCUGGUGCGGUCGUGUGCCGCAGCUGGAACUAAAAUGCAAACUUAUAUAUCUAAAGAACUGUCAAUAUUGGAUUCAAUGCUGGUAUUAGCCACAGAGUACCAACAUCCACGUGUUGAUUUUUUAAAUGAAGAACUACAAAAAUGCAUGACUGUUCUUGUACAGACACUAGGCAACCUUGUCGUCAAUAAUCCAUUCAACCAAAUAAUGAUAUGGAACAAAUUUGAUGCUGUGAUACUGAACUGUUUGGUGGGGCCAAAUGAUAAAAUAGCAACAGCAGCAGCCAUGAUAGUGUACAACAUACUAUUAGGUCAACCAAACCUUUUGCCUGAUGAUGUUUUUUUAUUGAAUUCCUUAGCAUACAUGUAUAAUAAUGGCAAUGCAGAAUAUCCACAUUUGAUUAUAGAAUACCUGAUUGGUGUUGAAAACACAUAUAUAGAAAAGUUAUAUUCAAAACUAGAACCAGAGUGUCGAAUGCUAGUUCUGAAUCUAGCCUAUAAUAUUUUAAUGGCCACAGAUUCUCAAGAUAUUAAUGUAUCUGUUAAUUUCGUAAAGUUUAUGGCUCACGAGUUCAAAAGCAAGUCUGAUUGUAUAUUGAAGACCGUUGAUAAAUAUGUUAAUACAAUAGAACCACAAGAGGUCGUUUUUUUGCUUGAAAUUAUUGCAACGGCAUCCAGUAUGGAUGCCUACAUGGACUGUUUGCAGAGCGAUACUUCUUUAUUUAUUAAUUGUGCAUUCCUUCUUCGAGCAAUACACAAACUUGGCAAAGAGAGUGAAAAUUUCUUUUCAUCUUUAAAUAAACUGUACGAAACAACAGGAAAGCAUCUAAUUAAUGAUGAAAACAUGAUUGAUAACACCAGCAUUCAAACAGAGAAUCCGUUAACGAAAAAUGAUUCAGCCGAAAACAUGCUAUCUUGCAAUGAAACAACUUCAGAAUGCACGGAAUCUGAGAGUAGUGAGCAGUACUUUGAAUGCAGUGAAAUACCUCCUUUCCCUGACAGGAUAGAAAUAUCUCCGGAACAACCACUGAGAUAUGUUGAAUCUGCUCCGGAAAUCAAGAGCACUAGAAGCAACUCAGUCAAGAUUGAAUCAGAUAUGUCUAGAAUUGCAUACAAAAGAAGUAGCUCUGUACCUAAAAAUGAUGAUAAAAUGUCAUUACCAACCAGACGUAUCAGUCUCGAACAUAAAAUCGAUAUGGGUGAUGAUACAGAGCCACCGUUGAUCAUAGAUUCUACUUCUCCAGACGGUAGCAUGAAUACUAUAGCCGAGGUCAUACCAGUGGCCCUACAACCCAGGCUAGACAUACAACCGAGCAGUACAACUGAUUCCCAAGAUAGUUCACCGAAUGACCCACCAACAGAGAUUCAUAUGCCAAAGGAUGAAGUGCAAUGCGAAGUUAAGGCUUCGCCGAGCGAAAUCUCCCCGCCUCUAGCUGAUGUGGCUCAAGAUCCUGACUCCCAAAAACAGUCACCCGAUACUCCGAAAGAGAUAAAGAAGAGUCAGAAUCUAUCUACAGAUUUCGAUCUCAGUGAGCAGCUACAGAAAAUAUUAGGUAUUUCAUCAGAGAAAACUAGAGGUGAAUCAAAUGCGGAGAAAAAGAGCGAGCCAGUUAAAGAAGUGAAGAUUUCUGAAGAGAAUGUUGCGACUAAAGUACCUUCCGUGAAAAUUGAUUCGCCUGAAACACAAAAGACAAGGCUUGGCGCUGUCGACAUGACCACACCGAAGAAGACGGUAACUUGCGUGGAGACGGUCGAGAGACACGUCGCGUUUGGCUUCAAGGCGCGCCUGGUCAGGACCUUGGCGAACUUGUGCUGGAAGAACCAGGAGAACAAAAAACAGAUGCGAGACUUGGACGUUAUUCCUGUGCUAUUGGACUGUUGCAAUAUCGACGCUCGCAAUCCUCUUAUAAUGCAAUGGGUCAUAUUCGCCAUCCGCACGUUGUGUGAAAACUGUCCGGAAAAUCAGGAAGUUAUCGCAAAGACUACACUCCAAGGUCCAGUCGACAAUGAAGUACUCCAAGAAAUGGGUUUGACGCUUUCCACCGACUCACAAAACAACUCUAUCAAGAUAAUGCCUUUGCCACGACCGUAAAUCUGGCCAAUCCUUACUUAAAGUCAUAAUGUAUUGUGAUUUUGUGUGUUUACAUAAAAGCUAAACAAGAUUCUCUUAGAGUUGUGAUAUGUAUCUAUUGGAAAUAAAUCAUAAUUUUAUGUUAUAAACAUAA